UUUCGUCAAAAAUAUGUCGGUCGUAAUUGUUUAUUUUGCAAACAGUGUCACCGUCGUCACCGAAUUUUGUUGAAUUUUUCUUGAAAUCCUUGGAAGUGCAUUAUUUCCUGUGUAUAUGUACAUUACAUUAAAUUCACGUAGUUUUAUUUUCUAUCUGUAUUGCUGUGACAUGAUACCUACCUACUUAAAAUGGGACAAUUUGAUCAAUUUAAAAUCAAUAAAAGUUGCAGGGAUUUGAAGCAGUACAAAGUAAAAGGGACUAAAAUCUAUUAGCAGUAACUACCAGUAGUUAAUCAUACGAAAAACGUGAAGUUAUGGAAAACAAUUCUCAUUCCGACCUACAAUGCAAGAAAAGAAAGUAUGGACCGAAAAAAGGCUUCUUGUCACGUAUCAGUGUUGAUUCGGAUUCUGUAUCCUGUUCUUCAGCUGAUCAACACAGCCACACUGCAAACAGACUGUCCUAUUCAUUGAAUGGAGAUAAUCAUUCAGAAAAAGGAGUUAACCAAUCUGCCAGAAAUUCUGAACUUCCUUUUAAUCAGUCUUCAAGAAUGCAUUCUGCAGAUGGACAGAAAUAUUCCUUAAAUGUUAGUAACCAGUUUGCAAGAAGACAGUCUGCAGAUGGAAAUAAAACGUUUAUGACAAACGGAGAUGACAAGUCUGUAAAAUUUAAAUUGUUGAACAGUCAUCCUGCAAAAACACAAAAUUCUGCUUUAGGAAGUCAGUAUAUAGACAGUAAUGACCAGGGAUCAAAGAUCUCUGCUUUAGUUAGUCGAAGUUUUUCAACGGGGAGUGAGAUUAUUGAUGGACAAAGUAAGUCAUUGAAACAGCAAAGUUCUGAAAGCAUCUCUACAAUGUCUCUACCUGAGGACCUGCGUUUAAGUUUCUCAGAGAUAGAGGAAGGGUCAUUGCAGCUUGAUGACCUUGACCUUACAUACUCUCCAGCAUCAGGAGGUAACAAUUCUUCAGGUAACUUGUGUAAUAUGGAUCAAGAGAAAUGUUUUGAUCAGGACGGAGACCUGCAGAGGUUUGCUGCAAUUAUUUCAUCAACGUCUGAACAGCAAGCAUCAGACAAGGAAAUAACAGAGAUGACAAAGUUGUCAGAGGAAUUCAUGACAAAGGAAGAUCAGUCAUCAGGAAAAGAGCAGAAUAACGUUGUUGUUAAGUCGGAGAGUAGUAACAGUAAUGCUAAUAUUACGUGGGAUGAUAUUGUACAGUGGGGAGUAAAUGCUCAACAGGUGUCUACAGUUGGCAGCAGUGGUGAAGUACUGAAACAGAAAAAAACAAUUUCUCCAAGACGAUCCAGUAAGAGUAAGCACAUGGAAAAUGUGUCAUGUCAGGUGUGUGGGGACAUGGCUGCAGGCUUCUACUGUGGAGCUUUCAUUUGUGAAGCUUGCAAGAAGUUUUACAUGAGAGCAUACAAACAAGACAAGUUGAAGUAUGUAUGCUUACGAGACAAGAAAUGUAUGAUAACAAAGGAAAGUCGAGUACAGUGUCAGUACUGCAGAUUCCAGAAAUGUGUCACUCUCAACAUGUAUAUACCUAAACAAGGAGAAAGUGAAAUGAGCAAGGACAUGCAGAUGUCGGACAUUCCGUGUCGAGUGUGCUCUGCACCAUCUUCAGGAUUCCACUUUGGAGCUAUAACCUGUGAGGGCUGCAAGGGCUUUUUCCGACGUAUGGCGAAGGAGAGAGAACCUGAAAAAUACCAGUGCAAUAAGAAAGGCCGCUGUGAAAUAAACAUGGUAACGAGAAAUCUUUGUAAAGCUUGUCGUUACAGAUCUUGUAGGGAGGCAGGCAUGUCAGUAGAAGGUAGCAGAAUUGGUCGCCAGCCAAACUCUGUGAAACAUGCUAUUUCCAUGGAGUUAAAGCAAGUGAAACCAGAGGGUGAGUCAGAUGUCGUAACAAAGAUAAAAGAAGAACCGAUAGAUGAAUCAAGCAUUGACUUUCUCAAAGACAGUGAUAAAUCUGAGAGCUUCUCAUUUUGGGAUGAGAAAUCAGAUAAUUCUGUCAAUCAGACUUUGAAUAAUCAAAGCGCAUUAUGUGACAAUCAAGUAAUAAGUUCAGCAAACAUGAAUGUGAAGGAGCCUUCUUUAGAUACACAUACAAGUGUUGGUCAUGUGUCACCUUCAGUUUCAAAUAAUGUUUCAUGGUCGUCGAGUAUUAACAAUGUGAAUAGAAUACCUCCAACAUCUCCAAUAAAUGGAACGUUGCCGAAGCCGAGCCAAACACAUAUGUCUGUAGGAAAUACCAUACACACAAAGGCAGACCCACAGUCAUAUAAUGGGAAACAGAUGACAAACCAACAAAACCAUGUGUCAGUGGGAGGUCAUAUCCAGAGACAUAUGCUUCCUCCACCUCAAAUGUCUGCCGGAGACUUAAACAGGGGUCAGUCCAAUGGACCAUCAGGAAAUUCACUGGUGUUUACACCCAGUCCUGUGACACAGUUCUUUUCAACUGCACCCAGAAAUGAAAAUAAACAGUACGUUAGCUCAAAUCAACAGCCCAGGGAUAACCAAGCAAACCAUAAAGUGCCAGCCCCAAUUGAUACCACACAAAACAUCAACCAGGCCUCAGCUACACCUCAGCCUAUCCUAUACUCCCCAACCAGCACAACUGCCCCACAUGGCAAUAAUGAAGGAAUGGGACAAGGUUCUUUCCAGAACAUGACAGAGUUCAUCAGUAAGAUUAUAGAAGCUGGGAAAUGUCUGCAGUUACUGAACUAUAGGGUUUUUGAUACAGACGUGAAUCCAACAACGUCUAUGAAUGUUGAUGACAUCAAAGCAUUGUUCAAAAGUAAAUACAUGGAUCCUAAGGCUGGUAAUCAUAUCACAUCCAAGGUGGACAUGUCAGUGUUUUCAUCUCGGGAAUCAACCUGGAAUUACAUGAUGACCAAUUUCCAUCAUAAUACCUACAUCACCAUUAGGUUUGCCAAACUUGUACCAGGAUUUAAGACAUUGAGUUUGAAUGAUCAGGUGAAGUUAAUCCAGUCAUCUAUCUACCCAAUAGAACUGCUCAAUAUGUCCAAGGUAUAUGACCCGACAACAAAGAAGUACAACUACUUCACUUACACUAAGGAGGAGGAAAAUAUUAUGAUGGAACAGUUUCCCAUGUUGAGAGUUUUUCAGGAACAUUUUCUACAUGUUGGUGAGAUGGUGACAUCUUUCAAUUUUACGGAUGAGGAAUUCGCAAUAUUGUCAGCAUUACUACUGUUUCCAGCUGAAGCUAAUGGUCUCGAAAAUCCAAAGGCUGUUGAACAAUUGCAAAAUCAGAUUUCUGCUGCAUUACAGGCUUAUGAAGAAAGAGAGUUUCCGGAAGGUUUGACUCGCUAUGGAAUACUUCUGGUGAGAGUUGCUGAGCUUGUUCAGUGUCUUCUACAACACAAUCUCGCUAUUGGUCUUCUGCUUACCCAUAAUCCCACAAUUAAGGUCCCACAACUCUUCCAUGAACUUAUUAUUGAAAGCAUAAAGGAAGGACAGAAACUAUAGCAUUGGUCUUCUCUUGAAUCAGUGGUUUUAUUCAAAAGUUGGAAUUUAUAUUGUAGUUCUAUUCUAAAUAAAUGUAAAAAGCUGAUUGUGCUAUGAUGCUAUUACAAAGUGUGAGUUUUUAUUGUUGGAGAGAUUUCGACAUUGAUACCUCAUAAUCAACAGGCCAGCGACAGACUCAGCAUUUUUUGGAACUGACUAUAAAUACAUACAGUCUAAUUGUAAAUAGAUAUAAUCUGUUUCAAACUUGUUAUUGAAACAAAAAAUGACAUCAUAUGUUCACCUGUUGUGGAAACAGUUACCUCUAAGACGUGAUCAGACACGGCAACUUGUUCUAGGCCUUACAUAUUCAGUUACCAGUGCUAGGCAGCUACAGUGCACUUUAGAUAGGUUUGCCCAGUGUUACAGGCACUAUGGGAAAUAUAUUUUCACUCCAGUUACAACUUAAGGAAUUGAAUUUGUCAGUGUUAUAUACAGGAAAUUAGAGACUAAUUGAAGAAUUUGUUGCAAAAUUUCUUGCAUCAGAAAAAAGUGUCAGUCAAUAAACUUCUGAUCAAAACUUAUUAGCUGACUGUUUAUUGAUAUAACAGUUUUAUACAUAGUGACAUUACAUAAGAUAAGGCAGCGGAAAAGUUCUACAGCUGUAAGUGUUCUUAAAUUUCAUAUUGUAACUGUAACUGAGGUUUGUAACUGAGUGUUUAUGAUAUGAUAUAUAACCUCGGACAGUGAAAAAAGGCGAUGAUGAGACAUUACAUGGUAGAAAUGUUCAGCUUGAAACAUUGGACACAUGUUUUUACACACAUACAUCAGGAUUAAUUUUGUCUUUUUUUAUGGUGUUAACUGAAGUUAUGUGAAUUGUUGAAUGGAAUUUGUGCCUCCAGAGUGGAGGAUUAUUUAACCAUUGUUACUGUUGAGAAAUUCUGCUAAUUUCUUUUUCAACCAGGAACUCGAAGUAACUGCCUCUUUAGUAGACUAUAUGUUACUUCUAAAAGUGAACUGUUACAUGAUUAUUAAACCUGUGAUUGUUAUUGAUAUAUUUAGUGUACUGUCAUUAUUUGUUAUACUGUAGAUCACUUUGAAUUUGCGAGUAUACUUCAUUUCACGAAAAACUGCCAAUAUUCACAUUUUGAAUUACAGUUAAAAGUCAUUAUCUUGAAAUUUUUUAUUUCAAAAUUCUAUAUCUUGAAUACAUUUUCUAGUUCCGUCCCGAAAACACAUGCAAAAAAUAUCAUUUUAAGUCGAAUUUUGGUUUUCUCAAAGAAAAAUGCUCGUUCCCUUGGAAAUCAAGAUACCUAGUUUCAACUGUAAAGUUCUUAAUAAAAGCAUAUUGUUGUUGUGUUUGAAUCCCAUAUUGACAGUACCAUACACAUACCUGUUCGAAAACCUGAAAUCUGAAUUAUGCAUACAAAAUUUUGAUGCUCACAAAUAAGUAGUGAUCUACAGUAAUGCUCUUAUUGUUAAAAAUUUCAUUGUGUUAUUUUUGGAUACAAAGCAUACCUUACUGUAUAAGUGGGUAUGUUUUGAGCUCACAUUUUUCAUAAAGAAAGUAGUCUGCACAAGACAGUAAUUUCAGUUCAGGAUCUUUUUAGUUCACAUGAACUUGUUCCCGGUGAAGUAUUAGUAUAGGUUGAUGAUCUGUAGUCAAUUGUCCUGUGUCAAUAUUUUACUUAAACAUGUUCUGCUCUGAAACUACAGGUCAGAAUUACACCAGUCCUGUCUAGUAGCAUCCUAGCAUGGACCUCUCUCGAGUUUGUUUAAUGGUUCAGCUUGGCCCCUUUUGUGAACCACUUAAUGGAUCUUCACCAUACUUGUUCUUGCACACCGGACAGGCGUUUCCAGUGAUCUUACCCAUGCCAGCAAAACCCAUCUGGCAAACCCCUAUGCUAGAUGACUCUCGUGCUGUUAAUGACAACAAGCAAAUCAUGCAUUGAUAGUAUAUUGUUAUGUAAAAUACGAAAAAAUCGGGUACCUUGAUAGUUUCUCUCCGUUCCUUGUAGUAUAUUUCUCUGUUCAAAAUACAUUAUUUUACGUUAAGAACAAGUCUAGUUACUGCCCAAUGCGCAGGUGCCUUUGGGAUGGAUAUUUCUAUCGGAUGCAUUAUUAAAACACAUGACAGAUAUUAUUAUUCUGUAGCAUCCUUGUAAUGUUCUCUCUUAGGGACUGCCAGAGCUAUAACCUGCAGUAGCUUGGAGCUGUGUUCAUGAAAGGAGAUUCUGUUUCAGUGAUUUUAAUGACUGAUGCCACUGUGACUCUUUAAAUGGAAAAUCUUAUUUAUUUUACACUGUAUUUGAGGACUUUCUGGUAUAUAUACCUUAUCCCAUCUAUAGACUACAGAAUUUUAGUCAGUGAUAUUAUUUUUUUUUGCUGCAUUGUUUUCAUGCUACAUGUAAUUGUUUACAUAUCAAAGUGUGUGUCUUGACACAUUUCUUAGGGUCAUAUCUUCAAGGUCAGAGUCACAGAGCUUAAAAGUCCUGAUUUCCUGUCUUAGUUAUGUAUACGUGCAUUUCGACAUUUAUGUUUUUAGCACUGUUGUUACCAUUUACAAUACAGUGUGUCACAUAUAAAUUCAGGGUCAAAUGGUCAAGGUCAUGUGCAGGGAUCAUCCUAGGUCAAAAUUUUAGGGAGAUUAGUCACUUCUCUCUCCACAGAAUUUAGUGAGAAGUUGAGGAAUUUAAGGAGAAGAAUCGGCCUAGCAUUCAGUUUCCUGCCUAUAUAUAUCCACUUUCUAUAGGUGUAGCUGUAACUUAUAAACAGUAAUUAUUUAAGGAAAUUGAUUUUUGCAUUAUCAUUUUCAUGAAUUUCUAAAUAAAGUAUUAAAUUAGCUAUGAAAAAGUCGCCUUUAAAUUUUUAUCCGAAAUUUACAUGUCCGAAACUCGUAAUUUAACAGGUGCACGAUUAAAACGCCGUGAAAUUUUUCAUUCAUUUUUCGAUUCUCGUGCUUUUAUAAUGCCUGAUUUUUGCAUCAACUUGUUCAGAUUUAUAUAUUUAAUUAAUUAAUUUAUUUAUUUUUUCGAAAAUAAUACCAAACUCGUAGGUAAUGACGAUCUUUUUACAAUAUUUUGUAUGGCAGUUCUGACGUCCGCGAAAUCAUUUUUAGCUCACCUGAGCACGAAGUGCUCAAAGGUGAGCUUUAGUGAUCACCCUGUGUCCGGCGUCCGUCGUCGUCCGUCGUCCGUCCAUCCGUCGUCAACAAUUUGACUGUUAACACUCUAGAGGUCACAUUUUUGACCCAAUCUUAAUGAAACUUGGUCAGAAUGUUACCCUCAAUAAAAUCUUGGACGAGUUCGAUAUUGGGUCAUCUGGGGUCAAAAACUAGGUCAUCAGGUCAAAUCAAAGGAAAAGCUUGUUAACACUCUAGAGGUCACAUUUUUGGCCCAAUCUUAAUGAAACUUGGUCAGAAUGUUACCCUCAAUAAAAUCUUGGACGAGUUCGAUAUUAAGUCAUCUGGGGUCAAAAACUAGGUCAUCAGGUCAAAUCAAAGGAAAAGCUUGUUAACACUCUAGAGGUCACAAUUUUGGCCCAAUCUUAAUGAAACUUGGUCAGGAUGUUACCCUCAAUAAAAUCUUGGACGAGUUCGAUAUUGGGUCAUCUGGGGUCAAAAACUAGGUCAUCAGGUCAAAUCAAAGAAAAAGCUUGUUAACACUCUAGAGGUCACAUUUUUGGCCCAAUCUUAAUGAAACUUGGUCAGAAUGUUACCCUUAAUAAAAUCUUGGACGAGUUCGAUAUUUGGUUAUCUGGGUUCAUAAACUAGGUCACCAGGUCAAAUCAAAGGAAAAGCUUGUUAACACUGUUGAAGCCGCAUUUAUGACUGUAUCUUCAUGAAACUUGGUCAGAUUGUUAAUAUUGAUGAUCUUAAGGUCCAGUUUGAAUCUGGGUCAUGUAGGAUAAAAAACUAGGUCACCAGGCCAAAUCAAAUGAAAAGCUAGUUUACACUAGAGGCCACAUUUAUGACCAUACCUUAAUGAAACUUGGUCAAAUCUUGAUGAUCUAUAGCUCAAGUUCAAAUCUGGGUUAGGUGGGGUCAAAAACUAGGUCACUAGGUCAUAUCAAAGGAAAAGCUUGUUAACACUCUAGAGGCCACAUUUAUGACUAUAUCUUCAUGAAACUUAGUCAGAAUGUUAAACUUGAUGAUCUUUAGGGCAAUUUUGAAUCUGGGUCAUGUCGGGUCAAAAACUAGGUCACCAGGUCAAAUCAAAGGAAAAGCUAAUUAACACUGUAGAGGCCACGUUUAUGACCAUAUCUUAAUGAAACUUGGUCAGAAUGUUAAUCUUGAUAAUCUUUAGGUCAAGUUUAAAUCUGGGUCAGAUGGAGUCAAAAACUAGGUCACUAGGUCAUAUCAAAGGAAAAGCUUGUUAACACUCUAGAGGCCACAUUUUUGACUAUAUCUUCAUGAAACUUAGUCAGAAUGUUAAACUUGAUGGUCUUUAGGUCAAGUUCGAAUCUGGGUCAUGUCGGGUCAAAAACUAGGUCACGGGGGUCAAAUAAAAGGAAUAGUUAGUUAACACUUUAGAGGCCACAUUUAUGACCAUAUCUUAAUGAAACUUGGUCAGAAUGUUAAUCUUGAUGAUCUAUAGGUCAAGUUUAAAUCUGGGUCAGGUGUGUUAAAAAACUAGGUCACUAGGUCAAAUCAAAGGAAAAGCUUGUUAAGACUCUAGAGGCCAGAUUUAUGACUGUAUCUUCAUGAAACUUAAUCAGAAUGUUAAUCUUGAUGAUCUUUAGGUCAAGUUUGAAUCUGGGUCAUGUGGGGGCAAAAACUAGGUCACCGGGUCAAAUCAAAGGAAAAGCUAGUUAACACUUUAGAGGCUACUUUUAUGACCAUAUCUUAAUGAAACUUGGUCAGAAUGUUGAUCUUGAUGAUCUUUAGGUCAAUAGGUCAGGUGAGCGAUACAGGGCCUUCAUGGCCCUCUUGUUUAUCCACAGUACCCGAGCAAUUCAUUUACAGAAAUUGACCGUAAACAUGGUAAUUGAAAUAAAUUUUGAAGUAAUCUUUAAUAAAAUAAAAGAAUGAUAUACAGUUGUUGCAUAAAAGAUCAUGCUCUCGUUAAGUUUAUCGGCUUUUUACAGGCCGAUUGAAAAUUUUCAAAAUGGCGGCGGCUUACAAUAUUAUUGAUUGACACUGUGGAAUAUUAACGCUACGAUUGGCUGAAGUUUGACAGGCGAGUAGGCGGGGUUAACUAUGGAUUUAUCGAUAAUUUAAUCUAGAAUAUGCAUAAAGUUUUACAACUUUAAGUAAACAGAUAAUAACUCGCUAAAAAACUUGGCGAUUCGGAUUUUGCCCGGAGGCGAUAAUUAGGCGAAGUGGCCGACUUUAAAGCGACGAUAUCGCUCAAAUCGCCAUGUAGAAUGAUCCCUGAUGUGAGUGACUUUUACAUUUACAAUAUAGGGCUAAGCAUGGUACACAAUCAUUUUCACAACAGUUAAUGCCUUAUAACUGUAUUGCUCAAUUUUUUAUUUUUAUUGCUUGAUUAAGGUAAAGUUAAUGUAUUCAUUAAGGUGUACAUAUUUAAGACUCACAAAAUCUUACCUUACAUUGUAUGUCCAGCAGUGAAUUAGUUCCUAUAGACCAAACUCUUCCUUUGUUUUAUGUUUCUAAGAAAAAUCUUCACACCAACAGAUCCUUUUUAUUUCGCACACUGAAUGAAAAGUUUUCAAAGAUGACACUGGAGAAAAAAACUUUUGCAAAAACAUAAAAGAAGCAUAAAAUGCAGUUGUAACAGAGUUACAAUUAAUAAAUUUUUAAUAUUUUGAAUUAUUACAUUAAAGUUUCUGUAGUUUCAUCUAUUUUUUAAAUAAAAUUUCUAUUUAUUGUUUUUAUUUUGUACAGAAAAAGAUCGGCAGCUUUUGUUGUUUCAGCACUUUUUAUUUUUACUAACAUAGUUUGGGCAGUGGCUUAAAUUUUAUGUUUCUUCUUAGCUACAUAUUGGACACAGACAUUUUUACAAAGUCUUGUAUUUCAAGUAGUGUUAGUAAAGUGCUAUUUCAUUUUGAUUGUUUUGUAGCGUUUCCAACAUGUUUUGCAUCUACCUGUCCAACAGUGAUAUUUCACUAUUCCUUUUAUGGCAAGUGAUAAAGUCUUUUUGUUAUACAUUCCAUUGCAACGAUACCGGUUUUUAAAAGUUCUUUAAUAAGAAUUGAUGUGGUUAGUCCUAAUAAAAAAAUGGGGGGGGGGCACGAAACUCAAAUUACAGUUACUUAUAAUCAGCCUUAGCAUCUUGUUUCUAUAUUCCUGUAUGUUAUUUUAGUACCGCUGUCAGCUAUUCAUUAUAUUUUACAGUCAUUACCUUUCAGUGCUGUGCAGGGCUAGCAAUGUAAGAUAAAAAAAAUUGGCACAUUGGCACCAGGCUUUAGAAAAAGUAUUUUAAAUGUUGUUGACAGAAAAUAAAAUUUUUGUAUGUUGUCAAACAUGUUGGAAAUUACUUCAUAGAUUUGCAGAGCUUUGUAUUUGUGUUAAAGCCUAUCUCCCCGCUGUGUUAUAUUGCACAAGCUUUACUUUAUUCCCAGUAAAGGUCAUCACUAGGAAAUUUUACAUCACAAGUUAUUAUAAAUACUGAGCAAGAUUUACUAGUCUGAAUACAGUUAACCAUUCUCAACAUUUGGAGUGUGAUCAAGAUCUGCACUGUUUGCCAUUCAGUCAGUAUCUUUUUGGUAAGCACCCCUUUAAACAGUUAAUGAUACUGUCCAAAUUGGAAGAUGGACAAAUUCAUUAUAGAAAUUUAGCAGGGUAAGGGUUAAAGGAGUCUAGAACAUAUUUUUUAUUGGUAAUUAAUGUAAAGUUUUCUAGUACCGUAUUUUGGUGUGUAUAGGUCGCACUUUUUCUACCCAUUUUGCUGCCUGAAAAAGUUCCUGCGACCUAUACGACAGAACAUUGCCAGCAGUUUGUUUUUUUUUCGGGCCAAUUUUCUGACCGUAGCUCUCACAAAAUUAUGUGCAUCUGUUACGAACGAACAAAAUGGAUAAAAAAUAUCAAUAUCGGCGGCUUUUCAGCCAAUAGCGGUUACUUUCAAUAAAAUAUAUUGUAAAUAACCCAUACAGACUAUUAAAAUUACGAAUGACAUUAAUUCAAAGAUGUUUUUGCAGUCUGAAUUAUGUUUGUUUCUACUUUCGUUUUACUGGACGCCACUGACAUGUACUCCGGGUUGGAUAAAAUCUGGACAGAUCCGUCCUCCAUUUCAAACAUUGUUUAUACUAAUUCUUAGCGUAUUAAAAAAUUUGAAAGAUAAUUUUUUACUUUUGAUUUUUAAAUAAAAGAAAAAAAUCCAAACAGAGAUAUUUUGUUAAUCUUUUUACUCAGAAUCAAAAGAACGCUGUUAAUUACAUGACACGGAAAGGUGCUAUAAUUGCUGUGCAAACAAUUCACACUUAAACUUGCAUGAUAACAGAAUGAAAACGCAAACCGUCUGCUGCCAAUUAGUGUCAAAAAGCCGCUUUUCUUUGAUGUAGUCUGUUACCGAUACUACUGUUGGUACGAAACGGUUGGGAACGAAAAUAACACUGUCCGAUUUCCACCAAUCAGGUUCUGAUAAUAAUUCAGUCAGCGGCAUCAAUAUGGCUGCCGCCAUAACUUUUUUGCCGGUAAAUAUUAAAUAUUGCUGGGGAAAAAAUCCGAAAUUUAACUGCGACUAAUACGCUGGAAGUUAAAUUUUCCGACCAUUUCCAGAGCAAAAAUUAGAUGCGGACUAUACAUUACCGCGACCUAUACACACCAAAAUACGGUAAUGACCUUUGUAUGGUGGUAGAAUUACAAAACGUUGUUAUAUUUGAUAUAUAUAUAUAUAUGUGUAUAUUAUAUACUAUUUGUAUAUAUGAAAUGAUUUAUAUAUGUUUUUGUUGUUACAAGAUACUUUAUUGAUAAAUAUAAACUGGUUAUAUAGUUGUUGCUAGAGUAUAUACCUACAUAAAAUUAUAUUGUUUUAUGAAUGUUUUAUCAUCCAGGUGAACAUUUUUUUAUCCUUUCUUCUCACAUAUCUGCUUGCAGUUGUUCUUUUUAUUAUCCCAAUUAUGUUAUUGAAGCCUGUGUGUUUAUUUUAUAUUUACUUUGUAAUAAGGAUGGGAAUGAAGUCUAAAAUUAAUUUUCACGUAUUAAUAUAGAUUAAUCGAAUAAUUUUAUACAAAUGUAGUAGAUUUGCAAUCCAAGUAUUGCUGUCUGAAAUUAUGUAUAGUUAGACUGUUACAAUUUAUAUCAGUGAUAUGAAUUUACUUUUUAAUGUUUGCUGUUGUUAGCAUUUCAAAAUCUUAAUUUUUUAAAAGAAAAUGUUUAAAAUGAUAUAUUUUAGAAGAUAACUGACUAAAUAUUUGCAUUUGUGUGUUAGUGCUGUUACCACGCCCUAUGUAAUUUCAUACACACAAUGGGACUAUUGGUGGUCUUUUGUACAUGAAAAUCAUGUUCUGUGCCCGAGAAGUUCUAACUAUGAAAAUGAUAAAACCAUCAAUGAAAUUUUGAAUUUUGAUAGGGGUUUAAUCGAACAAUCAGAUAUGAUUGUUGUUUUGUCAAAAAUUGAAACAACAAAGUGCAGAUCAGCGUGAAAAGGGAAACUGGCUUCUCUUCUCUGAUACCUUCAUGGCGAUGGAUUCCAUCAGGAAUGAGGUGUCAGGAGUGAUUAAUAUUGUAGAACUUGCUUCACAAUCAACCUAAAAUAAAUUAGCAUAAAAAAUAAAGUGCAGAUAUGUUCUUGAGGUGGGCAUGGGGGAGGCAAAUGUCCUAUAACUUUUUUUUUUACUAUACUGUGUGGAAUUGCUUUACUGUUUUAUGUGCUAAUGUGUUUUGUUUAUAUAUUUUGUAUUGGUGCAGCUUUGCUAUGUUUCAAUCCUUUCAUGUCUGCAUGAUUUUGUUUUGUACAGAUGUUGUCAUUUUUAGUUCCCAGAGGGGCUUUGUGGUUUGACCCCCCAUCAGUCCUUCAUUAAACAAAUUGGGUUCCUGUGACAGCUUUAAAAGUACAAGAUAUUUUUUAAUGAAAUUUGGUACAUGAAUAGGUGACAAUAUGGAGAAUGUGCUCAUCAUUUUUUGUUGCUGUGGCAACAAAUAGUCUGAAAAAAGAUGACAAAAAUGUGGAUUCUACAAUGAGCUUUAAAUUUUAAGAGAUUUUUUAAGAAAUUUGAUAAACAGAAAAAAAUGUAGAAAGCAUUCACAUCAUUUUAUUUUUCACAAAUGGUGGAUGCUAUCAUAACUUUAAAAGUACAAGAGAUCUUUUCAUAAAUCCUAGGACGUAGAAAGCUGUAUGUAGAAUAUACAGGUCAUUGUAUUUUAUCCUUUUAUAUGUCCAUUUGUCCAUCUGUCUGUCCAUCUGUCAGUCACAAAAGAUAGUUCCCUUUGUUAACUUCAAAGAAUAAGAAAUUUUUCAUGAAAGCUGACUUGUUGAUGGUAGGUUAAUUUGAGAACAUGAAAGUUUCACUAUAGCAAAUAUGGUUCCUAUGGUAGCAAAUAUGACAAAUCCCCUUCCUGUAGGGGACUUUUAAUGUAGAAAAUAUUCUUAUUAUGCCCCCACACAUUUAUGUGGGGGGCAUAUAGUGUUGCUGCUGUCUGUACAUCUGUCCAUCCAUAUGUCCCAAAAUCUUGUGCGUCCAACUCCUCUCACACUAUUAGCCAGAUUUUAUUCAAACUUUCACAGAUGAACAAGCUUGAUAAUGUAGAUGACUAUAAAGGAAGAAAUUUUUUCUGUAACUAUUUUUACUGCAGUUAUGGCCCUUUGAUAAUUUUUGCUAUAUGAAAUAUAGAGAAAACUUUUGUGUGUCCAACUCUUUCCACACUAUCUUCGUUUACUGCUUAACUCCUCUUUCGGGUAUUAUUAGCAGAUGAGCAGUCAGUGCAAGGGAAAGAUUUUUACAAAAGUAUUGACAUUGAGAUGUCAGAGUGAGAAAGUGAGACUGAAAAUAGUUAAAAGUGUUAGAUAUACACACAAGAAUAGUAAAAUCGGGUUAAAAAUGCACUUUGCUACAACUAAUUGCAUGUAUUGCAAUUGCAUACUGCCUGCUUGAAAGAUUAGCCUGAUUUGCUUCAAACUUUCACAGAUGAACAAGCUUGAUGUGUAGAUGACCAUGAAAGAAGGACUUUCUUCUGUGAGUAUUUUUACUGCAGUUAUGGCCUUUGAUAGUUUUUGCUAUAUUGAGGAUGGCACAGUAUGUGGGGGCAUCCAUUUCUAGUUUAAAUUGACAUUGUUUGGUUUGCAUUAUGUUAAAUCUUUAAACCUACUACAUUUACACCAUUGUUUUAGUAACUUAGAAUCAUUCAGUUAGAUGUAGUUAUACAAUAGAAAAAAUACAGGUAUUUCGGUAGUAUUCUAAUGCGUUCCUAGGUGGUAAAAGUUAAUCAAAAUUGAAGUGAAACUUUGUAUAAAUACAAUCAGCUUAAGAAAUUCACUUUGAGAUGAUGUUUCUGUUUAGCUGACAUAACAUUUAUGGGUAUUUGUUUUUAGCCAGUUUGAAUCUGUUUACCUACAGAAUGUUUAUAAUAAUAAUUAUCUACAUAUGGUUUCCUGCUUGCUAUACAUAUAUGUAUAUUUAAGUUAACACCUAUACUCUAGCUAGAGUGCUUUAUGUUCUCUGUACUUUGUAUAGAAACUUUGCUCAUUUGUUUUAGUUCAUAAGCUAUCUGCUAAUGUACAUCAUGUUACAGCAGUGAUGUACUUCUGUAAAGUUAACAGCAUUCAAGCCCAGAAAAUGUAACGUAUUUUGGGAUGACCAGCAGAGGCGGUGGGCAACAUCCACAACAAAAGUUGCCGGUUUUCUAACUUGAGUAGUUCUUACCCGGUAUUACCAGACUUGGUCACAGUGUUUAUUGGCAUGGUAUGUUGGUCAAGUUUGAUAACCAGCUGGACACGUCUCUUGAGUUACAGCCAUUUAAAUACUCAACAUAGUGAAAAUUGAGUAGUUGUUCUGUAACUUGAGCAGUUCUUGUCCAGUGUUCACCAAACUGGAUCACAAUGUUUACUGGCUUGAUAUAUUGAUCAGGUUUGUUAACCAUCCAGAUUGUCCCAGUGGCUCUUUCAAUUGUAGACCUUAAAUUACUUAACAUAUGAAAAUUCAUUGUGUCUGCUCAGUUUAUAAACUUUGGAUCAAAGUAGUAAAACUGUUCCUUUGUGCAUGUAUGGUACCAAAUAAUAGCUUGUCACACACCUUUGUUUAUGCUGUUCAGGACCGAAAACAGUAAUACAUCUUGCACAGUAAUACCAUCAAGAGUGCAAAUGAAAGUGAUUUAUUCUGUAAAAUAUGUAACCAACUCAGUGUGUGUUAAUUAAUGACGGGUGUGCUUUGUACCAUGUCAUCUUUAAAGAAUAAUAUUUAAUCAAAAUUUUUGAAGCACUAUUUUCCAUUUAUUCAUUAAAUAUAAUGUAGAUGUGACAUCAGCAUAACCUCAUAGUGAUAUCAGCAUUUCUGGUCAUAUAGGAAUACUUGAAAUACUGAUGGAAAUUUUCAGAGAUUUUGAAAUUAAACUAUUGUUCUUACCCUUCUCAGUGCACUGAUGGCUUCAGAUUUUUUAAAGCACAUUAAAUUUAUUUCUAAUGUUACAGCAGUGGUACAGACCAUUUACCAAACAUUUUAGUUCCAAGUUACUUUUACCUGUACUAACUUUAGUGUAUGUAUAUAUCAUCACUUACAUCAUAGCAGCAUGAUAAACAAGUGCUCUGCCUUAAUUUUAGCUUUUAUUAUAAGAAUUGUUAAAUUUGAAAUUCCAUGAAUGAAUAAAUGUUUAAAACUGUU